AUGCUAACCGAACAGAGCGCCGCAUACGGCUUCGACGGCGGUGCCGAUGUGCAGUAUCACUUUGACUUGUCAGGAGAAGGCCCAGCCCCCCAGGUAAUUGUUGGCGGCAACCUGGCACAGAAAAACGCGAUGGAAAUCGCUCAAGUCAAUGUCGCGAAGCGCGAGUAUCAGAAGCUGUACAUGGACUACUGGAAUAGCACCGCUGAGCUAACUGGUACCGGACGGCCUGUCGAUGCUGUUCUGUGCGCAGCUGCUGCGCACGCAGCGGUGAUACCAACUCAGUAUGUCCAUGUGGGAUACACCAGCUUCCUGAACCUGUUGGAUUAUACAGGGGUGGUGUUCCCUGUGACAAAUGCGGAUAAAGCAGUGGAUGUAGCUCAGCGGGAGUCGUUUCUCAGUGAACUGGACGAGAGGUCGUACAGAGGGUAUGAUGCGGAGGUGUACGAUGGCGCGCCGGCGGGGGUGCAGCUGUUUGGGCGGCGAUUGCAGGAGGAGAAGUUGCUGGUGCUGGCCGAGUAUGUGAGUGCGGCUGUUGCAGGAGCCAGUGCUUGA